AAUAUCUUUUUGUAAUUGUCUACAGACGAUCCCUGAAAAGGCGAAAACCAGUGUCCCCUUGCGGUCUCAGGCUUGUGUUGAAGAUGAUCAAAGUAUUGGCUUUUCUGCUUCACUUGGCCUUCAUCUUCACCUUGUCACAGAGUAGAUCAAUCAAUCCCUUGCCUCAACCUCUCGUAUCCUUCAAGAUCAAUGAGACCCAGGACGCAAGGAGCUGUUCUUAUUCAGUAUCAAUAACCACAAGCUGUUCUUCACCCCGAUACACUCGAGACUGUAUCAGUCUUGCAUUUGGCGAUGCUUAUGGAAACCAGGUGUAUGCACCAAGGUUGGAUGACCCUUCUUCGAGAACAUUUGAGCGAUGCUCGACGGAUACAUUUGAGAUUAAUGGACCCUGCACAUACCAGAUUUGUUCUCUUUACCUCUACAGGAGUGGCUAUGACGGUUGGAAGCCCGACACUGUGACCGUCUAUGGCUACUACACCAGGGCUGCUACUUUUAGAUACAACACUUUUAUACCAAAUGGUGUUUGGUAUGGAUUUAAUCUUUGUCAAGGUGGCUCGGCCUCUGCUGCUGCAAUGUAGAAAGUGGUGAAUUGCAUCUUCCAUUUUCAGGUAUGGUGAGUUGUUGCAUUAGGAUUUUAGAGUGUAUUGAGAACCUUUUGGUGUGUAUGUACUUUUUCAGACUCCAAUGGACAGAUCAAUAAAGCAAUAAUUUGGGGACUGAUGAGAGCUGUCUCAUCUUUAAA